UUUAACUGAUUUCUGUGGAUAUCCUGGAUGUGAGGCAGGACCAGCCAGCGGAAGGAUGGCACGAAAUGUGCUCGCAAGCAGCCUACUCGGCGCUGGCUUCAGCAUUAUCUUUCAGAUACUAUGCCGCAUCCUAACCUUUGGCAUCAAUGCCUAUAUCGUGCGGCAUGUCGGCCGGGAGGUGCUGGGUAUCAUGAAUGUGCGACUGCUGCUCCUCGAGAGCACCCUGCUCUUCCUGUCCCGCGAGGCCAUCAACCGGGCCGCCUUGAGCGCCAAUGCCCAGCAGGGUGAUCGCUGCACCUGGGCCCAGCUCAUCAAUCAGAUGUGGCUGACAGUACCCAUUUGUGGUGUUUUGUGUGCUCCAUGCCUGUACAUCUGGCUCAACUGGCUGUCGGCGGUGGACAGCAUUUACCUUAGUCAGUAUGAGUUUGCCUGCUAUGCGGUUGCCUUGUCCUGUGUCCUGGAACUGGUCGCCGAAUCGGCCGUCUUUGUGGCCCAGGUCUUUUGUUUCGUCAAGCUAAAGAUUCUCCUCAAUACCCUUCACAUCUUUGUGCGCUCCGCCAUCUUCCUGUGGAUCGUGACCGGGGACGGUAGUGCCGCCAUUAAUGCCUUCGCCAUUGCCCAGCUGUCCAGUGCCGUGACCAUUGUCGUCGGUCAGUAUGGUUUCUUUUAUUUCUAUCUGAAGGGCUUCCAGGACUUUGUGGCCCAGCAGUCCCGAAAGAAGCCACCGGCUCCCAAGGCCUGGCAGUCCUCCCUCUACAACAACAUGGACGAUUUCCCCUUCAAGCGACUCCAGGACUUUCUGCCGUGUGUCCUUUUCAAUCCGGCUGGAAAGACCUUCAACCGUGAACUCCAAACCCUGACCCUGAGCUUCGUAAAGCAGGGCGUACUGAAGCAGAUCCUCACCGAGGGCGAGAAGUAUGUGAUGUCGGUGUCGCCGGUGCUGAGUUUCGGCGAGCAGGCCACCUACGAUGUGGUCAACAAUCUGGGCAGCAUGGCCGCCCGCUUUAUAUUCCGGCCGAUCGAGGACAGCUCCUACUUCUACUUCACCCAGACCCUCUCCCGGGACGUUAAGCUGGCCAAGCAGCCACCGGACAUGGUCCGUCAGGCGGGCAGUGUCCUAAAGAACCUCCUCCUCGGCGUCAGCUCCAUCGGCCUGAUUGCCUUCACCUUUGGCCAGAGCUAUUCCCGUCCCGUCCUCCUGCUCUAUGGCGGCCCAGACUUUGUGGCCGGCGGACUGCCGCAGAGUCUGCUGCAGUGGCACUGCCUGGCCAUCUAUCUGCUGGCCGUAAAUGGCAUCAGCGAGGGCUACAUGUUCGCCACAAACACCAGCAAGGACAUCGACAAGUACAACUACCUGAUGGCCAUAUUCUCGGUCAGCUUUCUGGUGCUCUCCUACAUCCUCACGGGCAUCUUUGGCCCGGUGGGCUUCAUCUUUGCCAACUGUAUCAACAUGAUGAGCCGCAUCAUGUACAGCACCCACUAUAUCCGGCAGCAGUAUCGCAUCUUGUCCCUGGAUCCGUUGCAGGGUCUCUGGCCGGGCAAGCUCUUCGGUGGAACUCUGAUUCUAGCUGGCAUUGUUUGCUAUUUGUAUCAAGAUUCUGAUCUGAUGACCCAUUUUGGAGUUGGUAUCCUGGCUGGCAUCGCUUGCCUUCUGGCCUGGGCCCUGGCCCAUCGGGAUCUGGUGCGUCUGGCCUGGCACUAUGGCCGUCGCCUCAAGAUCGACUAGCAUGGACACUGCGAUAUGGUUCAUGGCUUCCGCAUCCCAAAGAUCGUUUCUUCGUUUUAGUUAAUUUCCUUCGCUUUCCUCAACGAAACGCACAUAUUUUUAUAAAUAUCGGAUGUAUAUACUUUAGUGGGUUUAAUUUUUUUUUUAAGUGCAAUUUAAAUUAGGAAUAAUUCAAGUCUUGUUUUUAAAAAUUAUUUAAAAUUCUAGUAAAAAUUUUGUAAUUUUUUUUUGGUAUAUAUCCAUUAACCCACUAUAGUAUACAUCAUUAUAUACAC